CUCAGGUCCUUCUCGAGCACACGCACACUAUGGCUUUCCGUACAGUAGCUCUUCUAUCUGUCAUAGCUCACCUGACCUUUGGUCAAGGUAUGGGUCAAAUGGCACUUGGCUUUGGUAAUGCUGGAUCGUCUUGGGGUCAAGCGGGACCCGGCUUGGGUCAGGCAGGAGCCGGCUUGGGUCAGGCAGGAGCAUCGUGGGGUCAAGCGGGAGCUGGCUUUGGUCAGGCAGGAGCCGGCUUUGGUCAAGCAGGAGCCGGUAUUGGUCAAGCAGGAGCAUCGUGGGGUCAGUUAGGAGCCGGCUUGGGUCAGGCUGGAGCCGGUAUUGGUCAAGCAGGAGCAUCGUGGGGUCAAGCAGGAGCCGGCUUUGGUCAGGCAGGUGCCGGUUUUGGUCAGGCAGGAUUGGGUUUGGGUCUACCCAAACUUGGUUUUGGUCGACCAGGAGCAGGAUGGGGACAAAUAGGAGGAGUACUGGGCCAGAACACCAUCAACCCUGUCUUCAACACUACCAUCACCUGUACAUUCAGCGCUACAGGGAUCACGGGGUCCUUGACUCUGAGGAGGAGUCAACCAAGCUGGGGAGGAUGGGGUUUGGGUCAAUCCCGCGGAGGUCUGACUGGAUCUGCCGUUCUGAGAACAUCCACUGUGUCAGGAACCUACAACCUCGUCAUCACUGAGAGAUCUCGUGUGGAGGCUGGCUGUACUGCUGAUGGACUCGGACCUGUCCUUGGAAGCAACGUGUGGGGCCAAAGAUGGGGUCAAGGUUUUGGUCAACAGUGGGGACAACAGUGGGGACAAGGAUGGGGUCAGUCAUGGGGCACUGGAACGACCACCACCCCCGGAGUUGUCACCUCUGUCACCCUCUCUACCAACCAGGAGACUGCCAUUGACUUGGGCUCUGCCAACCUACCAUUCAGUCAGAUCGAGAGAUACGGAGGACGUGGCAUGGCUCUGUGCACAUCCUUGACCACUGGCACUGAUGGACGUCAAGUGUGUGUGGAGCCUAUCCUGGCCUGCUGCAAACUGGGAUUCGACAAUCAGGACGCUGUCACCCCGGCAGCCCCUUAAAUAGAUGAAGAACAUAUUUUAUACCUAUCACUCUAAAACCUCCAGAGUAUAUUUCUAAUGGAUACAGAAGAAAAAGAUGACCACAAGGUUUAUUGACAUUAUGUUUGUAAUGUUUUAAUAGCUGGGAUGUUCAAAUGACCACAUAGAUAAACAUAUUGUUUGAAUUAAAGUAGAUCAUUAUAGCUAUGACGCUUUUCCCGAUAAAUGUAAACACUACAAUGUUCAUUCACGAAUAACAUUAUUUUAAGAAUUGUAUGUAAUGAGUUGUUCAAUUAAAGAAAUGUCCAUGUACUCAUUAAAGUGUGUUUGACAUCGUGAAGGAACGAAUUGUACGUGUGUAUUUUAGGCAAAAUGUUAAUAUUCCGUUUUGUGUCAUGUUGCAAAUAUUCUUAAUAUCAUAUCAUUGAAAAUGUUCGUGUAACUGUCUUCCCAAUACAGAUAUGACCAUGUGGGGUUCCUGUUGAACAAUGCAUUGUGUGGUUUUCAAAAUUUAGAAAAUGUACAAAGUGGCAAAUUCAAACCACCGCCAAUUUAAAAGAAAUUGUUUGCAUUACAUGUAAAAAUAUAUUUAUUUAGAAACAUUUUAUCAUAUAAUUUUUUCAUGUCAUAUGCAGUAUUCAUGUAAGCGAAUGCUGUGUGCAAUGCAGAAGUGUAGUAAAUUAUUUAACUAAUAAAAGCAAAUCAAAC